AUGAUUACAUCUUUGCAAAUUGAACUUGAUGACUCUAAAAGUGUUGUGGAUAAUCUCAAAUCAGUUCUUGUUGAUAAAGAUAAAGAGAUUCAAACACUUGAACAACAAGUUACUUCUCUUAAAAAGCAAGUUGAAGAAUAUGAAAGAAAUAUUCACUUGAAUGAUAUCCUUGGGAAACAAAAACAACAUAAAGACAUGACUGGUGUAGGUUUUAACAUUGGUGAAUAUUCACAAACUUCAAAUCAGAACUUUAAGGUAGAUGGUAAGAAGCAUUAUUUGAGCAUAAAUGAAACAUUUUCAGGUUUAAUGCAUUUUUCAAUGGCUAUUGCUUCUUUUGCAAUAAAUCUGGACACAAAGCAGCAUGCUACUGCUAGGACACCUCAACAGAAUGGGGUUGUUGAAAGGAAAAAUAAAAUAGUAAAAGAAAUGGCAAGAACAAUGCUAGAUGAAGCCAAACUACCUGGAUACUCUACACAUAGCAAAGCCUAUAAAUGUUUCAAUAAGAGGCUAAAUAAGAUUGUUGAAUAUGUUAAUGUCAAGUUUGAUGAAAAGUUGCUUCUAGAUGAUGAUCAUGUGCAGGAUGUUGAGGAGGAACCUAUAGUAGAUCUUGACAGAUCUCCUAAAUCUGCUAAAGCAGAUGAUACUCAACAAGAGGAUGUUUCAAGCGCUAAAGUAGUAACACUUUAA